UCAACUAGUUUUAGUUACGUUUUUUUAUAAAUGAUGAAAAAAAGGACCAAACUUGUUUGAACAGUUGAAUUGGGAGUUUGAACAGUCGAAAGGAGCGUAAGAUCGUUAGUCAGUUCAUUUGGGAUUUACUCUCGAAACGAAUGAUUUCAUUUUAUAGUUGAUCAACAGUUGACUCGGCUUAAAAAAAAGCUUACCAACAGUUCAAUCUUCAAACAUCAACACCAUGCAACGAUGUGAUUACUUUUGUUCCCGAUUCAAUUAAUUGUUAAUUUAAUUCAGUGAUCAGUAAAUGGAAAUGACAUCGUUAACCCAAUCAUCAUCAUUGCCUAAAUCAACCUGCAAGUGUAACCAUUUCAAGUCUAGUAAUACCAUUGUAAAUAGUACCGGUAAAAGAUGAUGUGUAUACAGUUAUAAACCCAAAAAAAAAUCUAAGCAACCAACGGAAUUAACUGAAACUGUUUUACAUUUUAACAAUUGAUCAAUUGUGCUAUAAAUUGUGGUCAACAAAUCUUCUCUUAAACAUUUCAAUCAAUUGGUAUUGUCAACCAAUUUAACAUUGAAAUAAUGUUUAAACUAAUUGUUUCUCAAUCGUGCCUUUUAUCAAUCUUAACGUUAGUUGUUGUCUCAUCUUUAAACAGUGAUCCAAGUGAUUCCUCUCCAUUCAAAUCAUCACCCUCAUCAUCUUCUUCAUCAUCCUCGACAUCAGCUUCACCUUCAUCACCAUCAACAUCAUCCAAUGGAUCCUUAUUAUUCACCUGUCCAGAGCAAUUCGGCUAUUACGUCGAUAAUUCCGAUUGCACCAAGUAUUUUGUUUGUGUUUUUGGUGAAGCUCUUCACGAAGUCUGUACCGGUGGACUUUACUUUUCAUCUGAACUUCAAACCUGUGAUUGGCCUCGUAAUGUACAUUGCGGACGAGGUAACAAAACGGAAAAGGUAACACAUUUGUCUGGAUUAAGCAAAGGUUCAUCCAACAGUUCAGAUGAUUACAAUGAAAAUAAAGAGGUAACAUAUGAGACCAGUCUUGAUGGUAAUGUUGGCAAUGAUGCUUUACUUCAGCCUCCAAUUACACUGCCAGACAUUGACAUCUCAUCAGGUAAUGAUAAUCAUGCUAAUAAUGGGGGAAUCGGUUCUGCUAAUAGUGGUGGACGGUCUUCAGCAACAGCGGGAUCUUCAACAUCGUCUGAUGGUUCAUCCAGAAAAGAUAAAGAAUCAGAAGAUUUGGAUCUUCAAAGGUCACGGACAACUUUGAAUAAAAAUUUUGUUACAAAUUCUGGUAACACUAAUUUCAACUAUCUUGACUUUAAUGGUAACAGUAAUGCCAAUGGUAGAAGUAAUUCAGGUCGGUCACUUUCCACUUUACCUGCUGGUUCACAGUCAACUCGCAAUGAUAAUUCAACAUUUAGUAAUAACAAUAUUCACCUCGAUGUUGAACCUCCUUUAGUUUCAAAUUAUGACGAAACUUCAUCAACGGUUGUUGAUUCAGAUGGUGGUAUCCAUUUACCUGAUGGCCGAGGUGGAUUGUUUGGUAUAAACGGACAAUUACCAGGAUUGUUGAGUGGUAAUCAAGGCGAUAAACGAGAUGAAACAACGGGAGGAGGAUCAGGUAAAGAGGUAAGGUCAAUUGAUGAGUCACGGUUACCAGGAGAGCACAGAACUGGUAGAUCUUCAGAUGAUUUAUCAGAUGGAGGACGAUUUUUAGACAGAAGACGAGGUAUUCCUCAUUACCAACUUCAGGCCUUAAGACAGGCACAACAUUUUAGGCGAAUGUCACCAGUUAUUCCAAUUAUUUUACCCAAACCUGGUUCUAAUGAUGCAUCCAAUCCAUCUGGUUCAUCUUCCUCGUCUCCUUCAACUUCGUCAUCUUCACCUACAACAAAUAUUGAAACCAAAAGGCAAGAUUAUGAUUAUGAUAAUUAUCCAUCUGAACCUGCUACUCCAUUGAUUCAUGGGCCACCCGAAUCAGGUUUAUCAAGAUCAAAUAUUGGAGAUAAUGGACGGACAAGAGGAGCCACAAGAUCUUCAUCGUCGUCUUCCCCCAAGAGAGGAGUUCAUUAUGAACCUUCAUUCGUUGAGUACAUUGAUGGAUCAUCAGACAGACCAGGUGAAGGUUAUUAUGAAGAAGAGAAGAUUGUCAUUGAUCAUUACAACCAAGCUAGAAAUAGACAACCACAACACUCAUCAGCUCCUACAUCAAUAGCAAAUAUACCAAGAUCAACUCCUACGUUACCUUUACCACCACCAAAUAGAGGGGAAUCUCAACCACCAUCCAGACCCAAAUAUCCGGCGGUACCAAGGAUAAAUAGUCAGCCACAUUUUCGUCCCUUUAUUCCUCCCUAUGCUGGUUUUGAAGAGCGUGCUCAUCCUCAACCGCCUUCAUCUUCAACAGGUUCACACAGACAUCAACGUCCAUCAUCAGAUAUCAAUGAGGAUAGAGAUAAAGCCGAUGAAGAAUUAAAUGAUAGGCAAGCUCCACCAUCAACAUGGGAUGCUUAUCCUCGCAUACCCGAUCCAACUCCACAUCAUGAUGAUCAUGAUGUAUACUCUAGACCGGUAGAUGAUCCUCCCACGCGAUAUAUAUCUCAUGAACCAGUUACAGAAUCACCUAGAACUACAGAGCCAGAAAAUAAAAGGCUGGCUUACCCACCAUCAGGUGGCCCAUCAAUAAAUCCAGCUUCAAAUCGUAAGCCUGGAAGUGGACUACAACAGCCAGCAACAUCACCAUACCAUCAACCAGGAUUAUCUGUUUCAAGAAAUCGACCAAGAACUCAAUCAUUUAACAGUGGAUCAGCGGCAGGUGAGCAUUUACCUAAACCUAAACCUCAACAGCCACCACCACCUCCUCCCACACAGCCUCCGUCAACUACAACUACAGCAAACAGAGUGCGACCAUCAAAUCAAGAUACUGCACCACGAUUACCAACAGGAAGUGGUGUUCCAUCGGAGCACGGGCAACCAUUUGGGUUAGUUGACUAUGAUGAUGAGUUAUCGUCUGAUCAGCGUUUCCCAGUAUCCGGACCAAUUAUCGAACAGCCACAACCACAACCACAACCCCCGCCACCUCCACCACCACCACCACGAACUCGCACACCAACCACAACGCCGCCAACAACAACCGAAAUAGCCUUGGUUGUGCAUAAACCUCCAAGUAAUCGGCAGAGGGUGAACUUUACUCCCAUCAAUUUACCACCUCAAAGUCAACCAUCAAAUCCUUAUGUUGGAAAUGUUAAUGAUCGAUCAGCUCGACCAACAUCAUCCUCUUCAGGAUCAUCAACAGGGUCAAGCUCAUCUUCCUAUAACUCAGCCAACAAUGACCAGGGAUCAAACCGUCGUCGUCCAAGACCAACAAAUAAACGUUUAACGGUACGACCAAAGGUAACCGGCCCACCAACUCUUCCCUCUAGACCAGCCAACCUUUACCCAACCGUUGAACCAGGAACACCUGCAACAAAAUGUGAUCCAAGAGUUUGUCGUUUACCCGAUUGUAAUUGUGGUAGUGCAUCAAUUCCUGGAGGUUUAAAACCAUCUCAAGUACCACAAAUGGUGAUGAUAACAUUUGAUGAUGCCAUAAACGAUCUUAACUGGGAAAUUUACGAGGAAAUAUUCAAUUCAAAGAGACGCAAUCCAAAUGGUUGUCCACUUUUAGGUACUUUCUAUGUGUCACACGAAUGGACAGAUUAUGGCCAAGUACAAACUCUAUAUUCAAGAGGACAUGAAAUGGCCUCACAUGGUGUAACUCAUAGUUUUGGUGAAAAAUUUUCAACCAGUCAAUGGCAUAAAGAGAUUCAUGGUCAACGUGAAAUACUUUAUCUUUAUGGUGGUGUCAAGAUGGAGGAUGUUAGAGGCAUGAGGGCUCCAUUCCUGCAAAUUGGUGGUAAUAAGAUGUUCCAAAUGCUUUACAAUGACAAUUUUACUUAUGACUCGUCCAUGCCCGUGUUUGACAAUAAGCCACCAUUUUGGCCCUACACAUUGGACUACUCUGUUAAUCAUGAAUGUAUGAUUGCUCCAUGUCCAACUGAAUCGUUUCCCGGCGUUUGGGAAGUCGGUAUGGUUAUGUGGGAAGACCUUCGUGGUGGCCGUUGCUCAAUGGGUGAUGCUUGCUCCAACCCAAGCGACGAAGAUGGCGUUUAUAACAUGCUUUUACGUAAUUUCAAGCGUCAUUACAACUCUAAUCGAGCUCCUUUCGGUCUCUAUUAUCACUCGGCCUGGUUCAACACUGCUCAUCACAGGAAAGGCUUCAUGAGAUUCAUGGACGAAAUUUUAUCUUAUGGCGAUGUAUACUUUACCACUAAGUGGCAAAUGCUUCAAUGGGUACGAAAUCCAACUCCCAUUUCAACUGUAAACUCAUUUGAACCCUGGGAUUGUAAAAAAAUGGUUGAAAAUCGACCUGGAGCUUGUAAUCAUCCAACUGUUUGUAAUGUUCGUGGACAACAUGGACAUCGUUUCAUGAAAACCUGCCAAUCAUGUCCUUCAUUUUACCCUUGGCUUGGCAAAACAGGACUUUAAAUUGAUUAAUUCAUCUAAUUUAUAUUAUUUCUAGUUUAUAAUAUAAUUAUUGUAAUAUUUAACAACAAACACGAAAUUGAUAUCUUGUCAAUUAAUCAAUUACCAAGGGAUGCCAAGCUUUAAAUGUACCUUUAUCUAAAAUCUAUCUGGUUGAUUGGAUGGUUUGAAUGGAGGAAUCUUAGUAGCCAAUCAUUUAUCAAUCCUGAUCAUCUAAAUAACAAUCGAAACAAUGAAAAUUAUUAGGAAUGCGAAUAAUUUCAAUUCAUAAAUUAGAGCUAAUGGCUAAAUCGUUUAUAUUGUCAAUUUUCAUCCUCGUUUCUUGCCAAUAAGAUUGCUGCCGAUCAUCUGGACGUCUUAAUUUCUUCUUCAAAUAAUUUCUUCAAAUUUUCGUCCCUUUCAACAUCUUCAACUGAUAGAUUGAUAAGUUGAACGUCCAUCUGCACAACGGGUGAUAAAUAUAUUUAUAAUCAUCAUUUUUUUGUAAUAAACCACAAAAUCGAAGAGUCAACUUGGUCUUUACGACUUAUGCCGCUUCAAAUAAUCACUCACAAGGCGUCAUCGUCCUCAUCUUCAUCAACAUUUUAUCCAAAAAUGUUAACUUCACCUUCUUGCCAACCUUUAAUCUCUAAUGAGACUUUUGAAACUUCGACUUUUCGCAGUUUAUCCCAUGAUGUGCCAAGAGAGUAUCAAACAAUCUUGCCUUUUAAUCACACUCAAACUUUUCAACUUUCUCAUGCAAUUGAAUCAUCAUGCAAUAACUCAUAUCAUAAUGAAACGUCGUACAAUCAACGUUCAACAUUUCAAUACUCUAUUGUAAUCAUCAACUCAUUACACUAUUCCAGCAAAGCUCAAUUGCCUAAUUUACCAUUAAAUUAGCAUACAAGGAUCAAUUUCUUCCAGACCUGUUCAUCUUACUGAUCAUCAACUUCCAUUGAAUUUAUUUCACUCUGGAAAUGAGUAACUCGCCACUCUCAUUUUGUCAACAAUUUUUAAACACAUCAUCACCAAAUGCUGCCACAAUAAAUUUAAUUAAAUAGGUGAAUUGACAACAAUAUGUGGUGGUAAAGAGAGAUAAAAGCAAGAAAGAAAACUCGAUUACCCAAAACUCAUAUCUAGUCCAUUAAUAGAUGAUUAAUAAUUAUGAAAGCAAAGGAAAACGAAUGCUUACAGUUUUGGUGAAAGACAACAACAGGAGCAUCAACAAUAAUUGAUAAACGCACAUAAAUCACCAUUGACUAGCCAAUUUAACCCAUUUUUAUAAAUUAAUUUGAUCUUGUAUGUGUAGAUCAUAAAUUGUUUUGCUCAUCUUAUUUUCUCAUCAGCAGCUUGAAACAUCUUGUCUUCCAUCUCAUCUGUUUAACCUUCUUCUUCCAUCAUCAUCUCUUCAUUUUAAGUGAAAUCAAUUGUUUAUUAUAAUAGUUUCGCUAUCAUCUUCAUCUUCAUCUAUCUCUUUUCCCUUUACUUUAUAUGAAACAAAAAAAAUCACUUUCUCCUGUCAUCAUCUGUCAUCAUUUUUAUCCUCACCAUUAUAAAAGCCCAAAAUAAACGUUAUUUUGUUAUUUUUCAA